AUGUCAACCAAUGUCUCUUCUGACCUCACAUCUGCUCCGCCUCGUAAUGAAUAUGAACCGCCACCAAAAAAACUCAAAUGCUUUUUUCUUGAUUUUUCGUAUAUAUUUUCAAAAGAAUUUCUUAUAAUAUUUCUACUUGGUCAAUUUCUUGCAAUUUGUAUUACCGCUACAAUCGUGUCAAAUGCUCAAUUGUCUAUAGAGAAUGUUAAUAUUCCUACUACUCAGUCCCUUUUUUUAUAUUUUACUUUAGCUAUUAUUUACACACCAAUCACAAUUUAUAAGUAUGGUAUUAUGGGGUAUAUAAAGAUGUUAAAGUCAAGAUGGUGGAAGUAUCUUUUGCUUGGUCUUGUGGAUGUUGAAGGAAACUAUUUUGCCGUAAAAGGUUAUUUUUACACAUCUGCCCUUUCCAUGACACUGCUUGAUGCAUGGGCAACCCCUGUGGUUGUACUUUUGUCAGUUAUAUUCUUCAAAAUGAGAUAUCACAUAAGUCAAUACUUUGGUGUUAUUAUUUGUCUCGCGGGCCUUGGAAUAGUAAUCUUGGCUGAUCUUGAGAUUGGCACACCUAUUAAUGCUACUACAAGUGGAGCUCCACCACCAAAUGCACCCUUAGGUGAUGCAUUUGCUGUUAUUGGUGCAACUUUUUACGGUAUAUCAAAUGUGUAUGAAGAAUAUUGUGUGAGAAAAAGACCAUUAUAUGAAGUGGUUGGUCAAAUGGGAGUUUGGGCAAUUUUCGAACGCACAGAAUUGCAAAAUUUAGGUUCAGCAUCCGGUUCACUAUCGCUAAUAGUCGGUCUUAUUAUUGCAUACAAUGUUGCGAUGAUCUUUUUAUACACUUUAACGCCAGUCCUCCUCCGUCUUUCAUCUGCCUUAUUUUUCAAUAUUUCCUUACUCGCCAGUGAUUUUUAUGCUCUCGCUCUCUUUUAUCUUGUAAAUCUUGGCCCAAUGUCUAAAAUCUGGGGUCCUGUGGAAUUCUGUCUUGUAGUUGUUGGUCUUAUAAUAUACAACAUUAAUCCUGCAAGUAAACCUGAAAUUACUCCUGAUUACAUUGAUUACGCUAAUGAGAAUGAGAAUGAGAGAGACUUGGAAUCAUCAUAUGAUGAAAAACGUGUUAAUAACGUUGUUGUUGAGGAAUUAUAA